UGAAAACGCCACAAAAAGGAAAAUCAAAAUCCCCAAUUUUUUGUUACCCGCUCAUUACUCCCUCUUCUUCUCAUCUCCGUCCCGCCCUAAAUCCCCCAAAUAACUCUCAAAAUUUGCCCCCAAAUUUCCCAUUUCCAGCAACACCAAGUCAAUACACCUACACCAUUCACACUUCUUUUUCCUUUUCAUUUCUUCAAAGGUAGUAGUAGAAAGGGGAGUUAUAGGAAAUCUGGUCGAGAUUCGGCUGAGAAGAAAGAGCCAAUGACACCUAGAAGUGAUAGGCCUACAAGGGAAACGAAAGUAGUAGAAAGGUAUUCAACUCCUUCUGUUGCAAGGUCUUCCUCGUUUAAGAAAAAAGAACACCCUUUCAGUUUCAGUUUGAGGUUGGGCGGUUGCAAGGAACUGAUGUCAGGCAUGGAGGUCGCCAAAGAUCAAGAACUAGUAGACGGAACUGUUGCACAGGAAUCUGGAAAAUCCAUGCCGUCAUCUCAACAGAAGGUAUUAAUUCAAGCCCUCCGUCCCAAAUUGCAGGAGUUGAGAAGGAAAGAGGAUGCAAUAGCACGAGGUGACCGAGAUUCCGUUUAACAAUUUUCUUUAUUGCUGGAACAAGUCUUAACCAAGAUCAAGAUCAAAGUACCUCACUAAGUUAUAUAUGCAGGCAUUGCAAUACUUUGGCUUCAUCUAAAGCUUGAACCAGCCCUCUGUUGUAUAUUGUUUCUUCUUAUUUUAUGAUCUUUUUCCUUUGAUUAAUGAGAUGUGAUGAUGAUUUGGCAUUAUUUUCUCAUCAGCAUGAAUUAUGUUUUAGAAAUUCUAAUACUUUGUGUGUCUCUGUGUGUGUGUGUUUUUUAUGUAUUAAAUUACAUAUUGAAUCAAUUUUUAUGUAUUAAAUUUAAAUUCAUUAAUUUUUAUAUUUAGUUUUGAAGUUUAAA